GCCAGCCAGCCCUGCUGGCCUGCUUGAGCUCCAUGGCAUUGAUUCAGCUGCCCCUCUCCCAACAGGGAGCCAGUGCCCCAGAAGACUCAGCCUGUGGCAGGAUAAAUCCCGCUUCCAAGGAUGGUCUGACACCUGCAAAUGAUGGCAAUGGCACCUUGGGACCAGAUAAUAGCCCAAGGAUGCAGUUAGAGACUGCUGUCCAGAAAGCUUCCAUGCAGAGGAAAUCCUUGCUGCCAGAAAGAUGGACACGCUGGCAUCUCUGACAGAAACGUGAUGUUCCUGGGUUGUGGAGGCCAGGCAGUGGAGGAAAGAAGAGUGGAUGUAUCACUGCCAGUGCUUGCAGGCACAGGUUCAAGGAGUCGCAGUGCACUGCUACGUGGCUUACUGUGCAGCAUGCAGAGACCAAGGAUCGCUAUGCAGCCUUUGCUCAGAGAACAAAUGAAAUAAUCAGGCCUAUCAUGACUGUGAGGUUCAGUCUCUGAAGGAGUUGGGUGCUCUUUGUUGCCAUGACGACAGGCGACUGCUGCCACCUUCCCGGCUCAUUGUGUGACUGUCCGGGAAGUGCCACUUUGUCCAAGUCCGUUGAAGAGUCCGACAUUGGGCGACCCCAGUACAUUACCCAAGUGACCGCAAAAGAUGGGCGACUGCUCUCAACAGUGAUCAAAGCGCUGGGAGCACAGAGUGAUGGACCCAUCUGUCGAAUCUGUCAUGAAGGUGGAAACGGGGAGGGACUGCUUUCUCCAUGUGACUGUACAGGAACACUGGGGACCGUGCACAAGAGCUGCCUGGAAAAAUGGCUGUCCUCCUCCAACACUAGUUACUGUGAGCUCUGCCACACAGAGUUUGUCGUAGAGAGAAGACCAAGGCCCUUGACUGAGUGGCUGAAGGAUCCUGGUCCUCGAAAUGAGAAGAGGACUCUCUUCUGCGACAUGGUGUGUUUUCUGUUCAUUACGCCGCUGGCAGCGAUCUCAGGCUGGUUGUGUCUUCGUGGAGCACAGGAUCACUUACAGUUCAACAGCCGGCUGGAGGCCAUUGGACUCAUAGCACUUACUAUAGCACUUUUUACUAUCUAUGUCCUUUGGACGCUGGUUUCAUUCCGCUAUCAUUGCCAGCUUUAUUCGGAGUGGAGAAGGACCAAUCAGAAAGUCCGCUUAAUGAUUCCAGACUCCAGGAGCCCCCAUCCAGUUCAGCAUUCCCUGCUCUCUGCCAAGCUCAUGAAGAAGAAUGCAGACGAAACCACCGUAUGAAUCGUCCCACACCAGGCGUCCUCCCAAAUGGGACAGAUGUGCACAAGAUGUGCAAAGAUGAGCACAUCUUUUCGGGAACUUCCACAGAAAAGCAGAUGUAAUCUUUUUCUGCGUGCAAGAAAUGUGGCAGCUGUGGAGCCUCAAGAAAACAGUCAUCCGAACCAAAGGGACUUUGCAGUUAGCUCAUACUUUAUAUUGAGACAGACAAGCAGAUGAUAACUGUCUGCUGUGUGCAGUGGCCCAGAAUGGCUCUGCACCCAUAGUGACAGAAAGCAAAACAUGCUGAUCAGUUGGGACUCUUUCCUAAAACUGAAUAUGUUAUGUGGAAAAUCUCUCUCAUUUAUAUAUAUAUAUAUAUAUAUAUAUAUAUAUAUAUAUAUAUAUAUAUAUAUAAAUAUUAUUUUAAUGGUCGUGCAUAUUGUGUUCCAGUCCCUUUGUGUUAAUAUAGAUGGUGUUCUAAGCUUCAGUAUAGAAGCUGGCAGCCUGAUCUCAUUCAGAGGUUGAAUCUAUGCCUUUUCUCAAAAUGAGCAUAUAAAGAACACUUCUCAUUGAACCUUGUGAAAAUUCCCUUCACCUUUGCACUAAAUGGGUUUUGAUAUGGUUGCAGAAGGCUUUCCCUAUUAUUCUUAAUUUUCUUUAAUGGUGUUACUGUCCUUUCUCAAAAGUUGUGUUUUUAAUAAUUAUAAUACCAGGAGUAAAAUGACAUAAUACUGAAUGAAGACCUUUUUUAUUGUAAAAUGCUGUGAUUAUGAGUUUUCAAAACAAGUCUUAGAACAAGAACACUUUGUCACUUGCAGCAGUAAGCUCAUAAAAUACUCCCACCCAAACACCACCAUCAUCAUUUUAUCCCUAGACCUUUGAUGUGUUUAGUUCUUGAUAUGAAAGUGCUCCUGCUAAACAGAACUGUGGAGGUGCUUAAAGAAUGUGAUUCUAAAAUCAUUGUAAGUACUAGGGACGGUCCAUUCAAGGCACCCAAAUUUGGUAUUUAAAGGUGAGGAGAAGAGCUGUAGCUGCCUCUAAAAGAGCAGAGUGGGUUUGCUGGUUGUAUUUCCAAUGGUUAAUGGUGCGCUCAUCUUGCAAAAAAAAAAAAAAGAAGACAGUAGCUUACUGGGCUGUAUAAAUCGAAGCAUCACUUGUAAGGCAAGGGAAGUGAUUCUUUUACUUCCUUUGGCACUUGUAAGGCCUCUCAUGUCCAGUUUUGGGCACUGCACUUCAAGAAAUAUUUGGACAAACUAGAAAGCGUCAAAGCGAGCAAAAAAAAAUAUGGAGGUCUAGGAAAUAGGAUUUACAAGGAAAGGUUAAAAGAACUGGGAUUAUUUAGUCAAAAGAAGAGAAGACUCAGGGGAGAAGUGAAAAUAGUUUUCAAAUACCUGAAAGUUUGUUACAUGGAGGGUAGUGAUAAACUAUUGUUCUUGGACCCAGGUAACAGGACAGGGAACAAUGGUCUCAAGUAGCAGCGAGGGAAAUUUAAGUCGGAUAUUAGGAAAAACUCUCAUUAUGAGGCUUGAAACAAGUAACCCAGAGAAGUUGUGGUAUCUCCAUCCCUGGAAGUUUUUAAGAGCAGGAUAGACAAGCAUUUGGCUGGGAUGUUGUAGUCACAGCUAAUCUUGGCUUGAACAUGGGAUUGGACUAGAUGGCUUCCUGAGGUCUCUUCCAGCCCUGCUUUUCUGUGAUUCUAUGGUAGGCCUUUCUCCUUCUGUAAGUUAAACACAAACUAGCAUUAACGAUGCAGUGACGCUGUCAGUCAUGUACCUUACAGGGUACGUCCACACCGUGUGGCCCAUGCAGCAGGGAGGGGAAGCCUCAGAAUGCUGUAUGUAUCUGGGCUGCCCAACUUCUACGCGACUGGGGGUUGAAUGUCUCAUGGACUGCACCAGGGUGAGCCACAGGCCCCCCAGGCCACCCAGCACCCAGCUUGUCCCCCACAGCUGUACCACACGCCCAUGCCCUCCCUCUCGCAGCCGCACCAUGCGCCGACAUCCCGUCCCCAUGCUGUACCAUGCAGACUCAGGCUCAUUCUCAGCUUCCUGGGCCAUGCUGUGCUGCACUGCUCUAUCCCCUGGGGCCAGGCCAGGCAGUGAAAGCCAGCGGAGGGAAAAGGAGGCUGGAGUGAUAGGGAGAGUGGUGGCUGGGCAGGAACCCAGUUGAACAGCCCUGUUCUACAGCUGGCUGUGCUCAGCAGUGCUGACUGGAUAACAUUGUUUUGGUUAAAAAACACAAACAGGAUGGUAGUAAGAAUAUGCUCUAGAAAGGGUCUAGUCCUCCCCAGCAACCUUCUGAGUAUAACCCCACUUAUAAUCCUAAAGCAGGGCUGUCCCACUUGCAGUAGCUGGAGGCCGCACCCUGUGCAGGCCACAAGUGUGCAAGCCAAGUGCCACUCCCCAAGGUGGGCAGCCCCUUUCCCUACUCCACUGUGCAUGUGGACAUUUCCCUUACCAUGUCACUGUCCCUGGGCAGUCCUCCCCACCCCAGUGUUUCACCACAUGCAGGCAGUUCCCCCCACCAUUUCAUUGCACGGGGUGGUAGGUGGUAGCCCCAACCAUGCAUGCACAUGGGAAGCCUCCCACCCCCCCCAACUCACCAGCCGCAGGCUGAAAUACACUGCCAGAUCUGGUGCACUGUUACCCUCUGGGGCAGGUGUAGGAAACAGAAGCUGGCAGAAUAGUCCAGAGCCCCUGACUGCUGCUGUGGCUAGAGUGAUGGGGAGAGAUGGCUGGGUGGGAGCUCAGAAGUGGUGGGCGGAUGCAGAGUUUAACACCUCUCAGACCAUGUGAGGCUUGCGAGCCACCAGCUGGACGGCCCUACUAUAUAUUAAACUUCUGUAUGCACUUCUUCUGCAGCCCCAGGUGUUUCUUUUUAGGGAGACACUAAAAGAUCUGCCUGAGUUUUGCCCUUGACCACACAGUCAUUCAGAGGAGAAUGGACUUCUAGGUCUAGCCCAUGGCUGGAGUUCCUCUACAUGCGUCCUUUGCAUCCAGUUUUCUCUCCAAUGCAUUUAGGAAAUGGCCAUUAACACCUCUUGGUGGCAGUUCUGCCCUGUGACUUUGCUUCCAGUGAUUCUUCUUUAAUAGCUAGUUUAAAUAUCCUUCUUCUUGUCUUUGGCCUUUUACCUGUCUCAUCCCCAUCCAUUGCCCUGCUUCUGUGAUCCCUAAAUAAUCCCUUCUGUAUUGAAUGUUCUGUUUCUCUGCCUCCCAGAACCUGUUGCUGGUCUGUAGGUGUGCGGGAGCAGCGAGGCUGGGUAGGUAUUCUGGACAGCAAGAGUCUGAGAACUGGACCUUUCAGUUCUAAAGGUAAAUAUCAAAGAACAUGUAUAAGGAAGGGGGCAUGAGCAAUCUUGAGGAAUAUGGAAUUAAUAAAGUACCUUAGCCUCCGGGGAAUCCAGAUCCGUGGUUGAGAUUGUGCAAAGGGGUCUGAACCAGGUAGUCAGAGUCACAUGUCUACUCCAACAUGAUAUCCAUAUCUGCACUCCAGGUCAAGAAGAAGGUCAAGAGCUGCGGAGUCCAGAUGCACAACAAGAAAGGCAGGGGUGAGGUAUUGGGAUCCAGGGUGGGAGCAGGGCUGGAGCUGAGGCAGAAGCAGGACCAAGCUACUACUGGAUGUAAGACAUUAAGCAGCCAGCCAGAGCCCAAAUGAAGGGCCUGGGCUUAUAUACUCAGCCCAGCUGGCUCAGCAACCGGCCAGCUUGUUGUUGACUGCUGGUGCUGCUCUCGGCCAGGUUUGGGUUGUGGUGCUACACACCCCUCAUGAGAGAUGCUCGUACACAAUGGUUCUGAAACUUGAGUUGCCGAACCCGCAAUAGGACUCGAGCGGACUCGCCCUGUAGUUCCUGCUCGGCUGGAUUCCAAACCCCAAGUGCCAGUUCCCAUUCUCUCCAACCUGACCGUGAGCCUAGAUCCUUCCCCUUUAGAGACUCUUACCAUGUUCCUCUCUGAUUGGCAAUACGGACCUCAUCAGUCAUGCUGGACUGUCAGGUCUCUCUGCUGGAAUGGCUCCAGCUGGCCAGAGCUUUGAUGUGGGCCUGGGCUUUCCUCCUACAUCUGCCCUGUUGCGGUCUUUCUGACUGAUGAUGGGAUGUGGCAGAACAGGCUCUGUUCUUUUCUAGCUGAGUUCUGUACUUCCAUCACGGCCUGAGAAGCCUCCUCUCCUAAUGUGAACAAGUUUCUUUUGAUUCUUGGAACUGCCGUUCUUUUGGCACCAACAUGCUACAGAAGUUUUGGGCCCAUCGUGCCAUUGCUGCCUGUCUCCUCCUUGUCUCCCAAGAAAGCUCUUUUUUUCUACUCUCCUGCCCUCUUCCCUUCCAGUAGCCUUCCGUUUAUCUCCCAUAUCUGGUUAUAUCUUGACUCUCCAGAGGCUGUCUCGCCCUCUGACAUUGCUGUUGAUCUCCCUGUUGAUCUUCACUGUGCUGUUAAAAGGAGGCCUCAGGGCUACUGUGUGGCUUUGCGUGGCAAUCCAAAUCCUGUUAGUCCUGGUAUGAAAGCAGCAUUUUCAGAGAAGCCUGUGUGGACUCCUGGAAGCUCCAGGCUGUUCCAAAGAUUUGCCCAGGUCCAUUAGUGUUACACAACAUCCACUAGCACUUACAGCUAGGUUAUGUGAAAAUGCUCCUGUUUGCUUCCAGGCACAGCAGGUCCUAACUGGCAGCUGCUGCCCAGUCCAAACCUCUUUCCUCAUCAGUGUUUUCCACACCUCUGCUCCGUGCUCCACCAGGGGUGUGAUGUGGUGACUCCAUUUCCUGUGUGGAGACAUCUGCACUUCUGGGGCAUUUUAUUCUCUAUUGUCAAUAAGAGAAACUUUAAAAGAAAUUUGACCUCAGACCCAACCAGCUGAUAGAGCAGAUUCUUUGACACAUUAGCUCAGGUAUAACUGUGACAAUAUAGUCCACUGUCAUAUGCACAUCCAUGUGACAUGUUAAUAUAACCAGUCUUUCAGAUAGGAAACCUGUCAUUGCUGGCACAAAGACAGUUGUAUAAACUGAGAGUCCCUGUCCAGAGCAGGGAGGGCUGUGGAUCCACCUCUCCCACUGGGAUUGUAGCUCUGUUUUUCCUGCUGCAUCCUUGUACUUCUGGCAUUUGCCAAGUCAUGAGAGUUGUUGCAUAUGCCCCUGUAAAACGAUACCAGCCUUUUGAAUUUUCUAGGGCCUCCUGCUUCCCAGCGGAGAUGUGUAGCUCUUGUGGAGUCUGGAAGGUCUGUCUCUGAUCUCUCACGUUCUAGUGUCAUAGGGGAAAUACACCAUGUGAUUAUGUAAAUAAAAAUGAAAUGACUUUUA